CGCUACUAGAGGAAGUUAAAGACCCGUGUGACUGAAGAGGAGCUCACAGUUCCCAGCGUCUGCUCCCGCGGUGUCCAGCGCCCAGAAUGCGGCUUCUGGUCCUGCUAUGGGGUUGCCUGCUGCUCCCAGGUUAUGAAGCCCUGGAGGGCCCAAAGGAAAUCAGCGGGUUCGAAGGGGACACUGUGUCCCUGCAGUGCACCUACAGGGAAGAGCUGAGGGACCACCGGAAGUACUGGUGCAGGAAGGGUGGGUUCCUCCUCUCUCGCUGCUCUGGCACCAUCUAUGCAGGAGAAGAAGGCCAGGAGACAACGAAGGGCAGGGUGUCCAUCCGUGACAGCCACCAGGAGCUCUCGCUCAUUGUGACCCUGUGGAACCUCACCCUGCAAGACGCUGGGAAGUACUGGUGUGGGGUCGACAAACGGGGCCUCGAUGAGUCUUUACUGAUCUCUCUGUUCGUCUUUCCAGGACCCUGCUGUCCUCCCUCCCCUUCUCCCACCUUCCAGCCUCUGGCUACAACACGCCUGCAACCCAAGGCAAAGGCUCAGCAAACCCAGCCCCCAGGAUUGAGGAGCUCCCGCCCCCCCAUGCAGCUGGACUCCACCUCAGCAGAGGACACCAGUCCAGCUCUCAGCAGUGGCAGCUCUAAGCCCAGGGUGUCCAUCCCAAUGGUCCGCAUACUGGCCCCAGUCCUGGUGCUGCUGAGCCUUCUGUCGGCCGCAGGCCUGAUCGCCUUCAGCAGCCACCUGCUCCUGUGGAGAAAGGAAGCUCAACGGGCCACAGAGACACAGAGGAACGAGAAGGUCUGCCUCUCACACUUGCCGCUGGGGAAUGGCCGGGACCCAGAGGACGCCGUGAUCAACCUUGCAGGGCCCAUGGGGUCUCUCACCAUCCCCGAGCCCUCUCCCAGCCUCUACACAGAGAUAGAGUAUCUAAGCCAGACUACAGAGGAAAAGGAAGCCCCUUCCCAGGCCCCUGAGGGGGACGUGAUCUCGAUGCCUCCCCUCCGCACAUCUGAGGAGGAGCUGGGCUUCUCGAAGUUUGUCUCAGUGUAGGGCAGGAGGCCCUCCUGGCCAGGCCAGCCACGAAGCAGUGUGGCUGGCUGGAUCAGCACUGAUUCCCGAAAGCUUUCCACCUCAGCCUCAGAGUCCAGCUGCCCGGACUCCAGGGCUCUCCCCACCCUCCCCAGGCUCUCCUCCUGCAUGUUCCAGCCUGACCUAGAAGCGUUUGUCAGCCCUGGAGCCCAGAGCGGUGGCCUUGCCCUUCCGGCUGGAGACUGGGACAUCCCUGAUAGGUUCACAUCCCUGGGCAGGGUACCAGACUGCUGACCCUCAGCAGGGCCAGGCAAGGCUCAGUGGAUCUGGUCUGAGUUUCUAUCUGCCAGGAACUCUCCUGGGCCUCAUGCCCAGUGUCGGACCCUGCCUUCCUCCCGCUCCAGACCCCACCUUGUCCUCCCUCCCUGGCGUCCUCAGACUCAGUCCCACGGUCUCCUGCAUCAGCUGGUGAUGAAGAGGAGCAUGCUGGGGUGAGACUGGGAUUCUGGCUUCUCUUUGAACCACCUGCAUCCCAGCCCUUCAGGAAACCUGUGAAAAAUGUGAUUCCUGGGCCCCACCAAGACCCACCAAAACCAUCUCUGGGACUUGGUGCAGGACUCUGAAUUUCUAACAAUGCCCAGCGACUGUCGCACUUGAGUUUGAGGGCCAGUGGGCCUGAUGAACGCUCAGACCCCUCCAGCUUAGAGUCUGCAUUUGGGCUAUGACUUCUCCCACCUGCCCCCAUAAGAUCUGCUCUGUCCAUGACACCAUGACCCAGCUGGGGACUCCCCUGAGGCCUGCCUAAGUCCAGGCCCGGGUCAGGUCAGGUGCACAUUGCAGGGAUAAGCUCAGGACCAGCAGAGAGUGGUUGCUUUUCCAUUCGCCCUCCCUGGCCAUGCCUUCUUGCCUUUGGAAAAAUGAUGAAGAAAACCUUGGCUCCUUCCUUGUCUGGAAAGGGUUACUUGCCUAUGGGUUCUGGUGGCUAGAGAGAAGACUAGGAAACCAGAGUGCACGUGGGUGUCUAACACGGAGGAGAGUAGGAACAGGGCGGAUACCUGAAGGUGACUCUGAGUCCAGCCCCCUGGAGAAGGGGUCGGGGGUGGGGGUAAAGUAGCACAACUACUAUUUUUUUUCUUUUUCUAUUAUUCUUGUUUUUUAAGACAGAAUCUCGCGCUGCCGCCCAGGCUGGAGUGCAGUAGCACGAUCUGCAAACUCCGCCUCCUGGGUUCAAGCGAUUCUUCUGCCUCAGCCUCCCGAGUAGCUGGGAUUACAGGCAAGCACCACCACACCUGGCUAAUUUUUGUAUUUUUAGUAGAGACAGGGUUUCACCAUGUUGGCCAGGCUGGUCUCGAACUCCUGACCUCAAAUGAUCCUCCUGCUUCAGUCUCCCAAAUUGCCGGGAUUACAGGCAUGAGCCACCGCGCCUGGCCCUAUUUCCUUGAAAAAGUGAAAUUAAGAGUUGUUCAGUAUGCAAAACUUGGAAAGAUGGAGGGGAAAAAGAAAAGGAAGAAAAAAUGUCACCCAUAGUCUCACCAGAGACUAUCAUUAUCUAGUUUUGUUGUACUUCCUUCCACUCUUUUCUUCUCCACAUAAUUUGCCGGUGUUCUUUUUACAGAGCAAUUAUCUUGUAUAUACAACUUUGUAUCCUGCCUUUUCCACUUUAUCGUUCCAUCACUUUAUUCCAGCACUUCUCUGUGUUUUACAGACCUUUUUAUAAAUAAAAUGUUCAUCAGCUGCAUAUUCCA